UCUCGCCGUAUAUUUUCUGCUUUCUCAGGCGAGAGAGAGAGAGAGAGAGGGAGGGAGGGAUGGAGAGGAAGAUGACAGUCCCUGCGAUGGCGACGGUGUUGAUGUUUAUCUGUGUCGGGAUAAUCGGAGUGGUAUCGGACGCUUCCAAUCAUCGUUAUAAGCCCGAAGAGACGGUACCUCUCUACGCCAACAAGGUCGGACCAUUCCAUAACCCUAGUGAGACGUAUCGCUAUUUUGAUCUCCCCUUCUGUUCCCCAGCACCUGUGAAAGAUAAAUCAGAAGCCCUUGGUGAAGUCCUGAAUGGCGAUCGCUUGGUUGAUGCUCCAUACAAACUAGACUUUCGGGUUGAUUAUGAUUCGAAAUCAGCCUGCAAAAAGCAACUUACGAAAGAAGAAGUGGCCAAGUUUAGGACUGCAGUAGAUAAGGAUUAUUACUUUCAAAUGUACUUUGAUGACCUUCCAAUUUGGGGAUUCAUUGGGAAGGUUGAUAAGGAAGGCAAGUCUGACCCAAGUGAAUACAAGUACUUUCUUUACCGGCACAUUCUCUUUGAAGUUCUCCACAAUAAUGACCGUGUUAUUGAGAUCAAUGUUCGUACGGAUACCAAUUCAAUGGUUGAUAUUACUGAUGAUAAAGACAUAGAGGUUGAUUUCAUGUACUCUGUCAAGUGGAAAGAAACAGAUACACCUUUUGAGAAGAGAAUGGAGAAGUACUCUCAGUCCUCUUCUCAACAACAUCACUUGGAGAUUCACUGGUUCUCAAUUAUAAACUCAUGCGUCACUGUUCUUCUUCUAACUGGAUUCCUUGCAACCAUCCUAAUGAGGGUCCUGAAGAAUGACUUUGUUAAGUAUGCUCAUGAUGAGGAGACAGGUGACGACCAAGAAGAAACUGGAUGGAAAUAUGUUCAUGGUGAUGUCUUUAGGUUCCCUAAAAACAAGUCUUUUCUCGCUGCCUGUCUUGGUUCUGGAACCCAGUUAUUUGCUCUUACAACCUUCGUAUUUCUCCUAGCCCUGGUGGGAGUCUUCUACCCUUACAAUCGUGGUGCACUUUUUACUGCAUUGGUGGUGAUAUAUGCGCUCACUUCAGGCAUUGCUGGUUAUACUGCCACUUCUUUCUAUUGUCAGCUGGAAGGAACAAACUGGGUUAGGAAUCUUCUUUUGACCGGAGUUCUAUUUUGCGGGCCUCUAUUCGUGACAUUCAGUUUUCUCAACACUGUAGCCAUCGCAUAUAAUGCUACUGCCGCACUGCCGUUUGGCACUAUCGUUGUUAUCACUCUCAUAUGGGCAUUGGUAACAUCUCCUCUUCUUGUUUUGGGUGGCAUUGCUGGCAAGAACAGCAAAGCAGAGUUUCAGGCUCCUUGCCGCACCACCAAAUAUCCCCGUGAAAUUCCGCAGUUGCCGUGGUAUCGAGGGGCUAUACCGCAGAUGGCAAUGGCUGGUUUUCUUCCUUUCAGCGCCAUCUACAUUGAGCUUUACUACAUCUUUGCCAGUGUUUGGGGCCACAGAAUUUAUACCAUAUAUAGCAUUCUCUUCGUGGUUUUCAUAAUCCUCCUCAUUGUGACAGCAUUUAUUACUGUGGCAAUGACCUACUUUCAGCUUGCUGCUGAAGAUCAUGAAUGGUGGUGGAGGGCAUUCCCAUCCACUGGUCUGUUUAUAUACGCAUAUUGCUUUUACUACUACCACGCGCGGUCCGACAUGUCUGGAUUCAUGCAGACAUCCUUCUUCUUUGGCUAUAUGGCCUGCAUCUGCUACGGUUUCUUCCUCAUGCUCGGCACUGUAGGUUUCCGAGCCUCGCUCUUGUUCGUCCGUCACAUAUACCGCUCCAUCAAGUGUGAGUAGCAGCUCUUCAAACGAAACACGGCUUAAUUUUCUUCAUCAUCCUACAAACUUCCAUGGGUUAUUUUCUUGAUGAGCUUUAUGAGCACACACCACCCCCCCCCC